AACCUUGGGGAAAAAAACAGCCCCUCGCCGUACUGAACGCCCUCUCUCUUUCAACAGAAAAGAAUCCCUAUAUUUUCUUUCAUUUCUCUCUGUCAUUAUGCUUUCUUCCUCUCAAAAUAAGUAAAAAUGCAAGAAAACUCCAAAGAUGCUCGAAACGGCGGCGACUCGUUGUCGACAACGCCAACGCAGGUCUCCAAAAAACCACGCGUCAGCUUCUCCAUAACAGAACACGAAAUCCACCAUGAAUUCUCUCACCACAACCCUAAUGUAGCCCGAAUUAACAACGGUAGCUUCGGUAGCUGCCCCGGAUCCGUACUUGCUGCUCAAAAGAACUGGCAGCUCCAGUUCCUUCAACAACCUGACGACUUCUACUUCAACACUCUCCGUAAAGGAAUUCUCCACUCACGUACUGUCAUCAAAGACCUCAUCAAUGCUGACGACGUCGACGAGAUCUCCCUUGUCGAUAACGCCACCACUGCCGCCGCCAUCGUCCUUCAACAAAUUGGCCGUGCCUUCGCUGAAGGUAAUUUUGCUAAAAACGAUACCGUUUUAAUGCUCCACUGUGCUUAUCAAGCUGUUAAAAAAUCGAUUCAAGCUUACGUCACGCGUGCUGGGGGUUCUGUUAUCGAGAUUCAGUUACCGUUUCCGGUUACUUCGAAUGAGGAGAUAAUUUCGGAGUUUAAGAGAGGAAUAGAGAAAGGCAAAGCUAACGGUAAAAAAAUUAGGUUAGCGAUAAUUGAUCAUAUAACGUCGAUGCCGUGUGUUGUUAUUCCGGUAAAAGAGUUGGUUAAAAUUUGCAGAGAAGAAGGUGUGGAUCAGGUUUUUGUUGAUGCAGCUCAUGCUAUUGGUAGUGUUGAAAUAAAUGUUAAAGAAAUCGGGGCUGAUUUUUAUGUCAGUAAUUUGCAUAAGUGGUUCUUUUGCCCCCCAUCGGUUGCUUUUCUGUAUUGUAAGAAAGCAGCGAGUUUGGAAUUUGAUGUACACCAUCCGGUUGUUUCACAUGAGUAUGGAAAUGGAUUGCCGAUAGAGAGUGCGUGGAUUGGGACUAGGGAUUAUAGCUCACAAUUAGUGGUGCCGGCAGCUUUGGAGUUUGUUAAUCGAUUUGAGGAUGGGAUUCAGGGGAUAAUGAAGAGGAACCAUGAGGAGGUUGUUAAGAUGGGGAAAAUGCUGGCCGAAUCAUGGGGGACAAAUCUUGGUUCUUCACCGGAGAUGUGUGCGGGAAUGAUCAUGGUUGGUCUGCCUUCGAGAUUGCGUGUUUCAAGUGAAGAUGAUGCUUUGAGGUUAAGAUCGCAUUUGCGUGAGUGUCAUGGGGUUGAGGUUCCGAUACAUUAUCAGGGUUUAAAAGAUGGUGAGGAGGGAGUGAAAGAUAAGGAUGGGGUUAUAACAGCGUAUGCUAGGAUUUCUCAUCAGGUUUAUAAUAAGUCUGAGGAUUAUUGCAAGCUUAGGGAUGCUGUAAAUCGUCUUUCUGAGAAUCUACUGAUUCGCAAAACGUUUUAUCCAGAGUGAGAAGGUAUGCCUUGAAACAGUAAUGGAGCAUGUUAUUUCUACCAUAACGUGGAAAUUUGGGCCAGCUAAAUUUAUAAUAGUUGCAUUGCCUGAUAGUUUCUUUAAAACAUAGCCAUGAGACAUUUAAAUUGGAUUUACUAUUGAUAACUGUUUUUCAGAAAAAAGAAGAAAAAAUCUUGAGGCAGUCCAAUGUAUUAUCCCAGAACUUUUUUUUUUGUCUAUUCUACUGAUGCACUUUGUUAUUAAUAAACCCUAUACAUAGUCUUUUAUCA